CAAUUGUGGGCUCAACCAAACCUUGUGAUUCACUCAAUUUCAUCACUCCCAACACUCUUCCCUCUUCUCUCUCAAAUUCCGUCUUCUCUCUUCCCCCCCCCAUUCUCCUUCAAACCCUUGCCCCUCCCCAAUCUCCUCCCCAUAGCGGUAGCGAACUACAAGCCUCAUUCACCCCCUUCUCAUUCAUUCCCGUUUCUUUCUCGACCCCUACAACGUACACCCUCCAAUAAAAUUUUAAACACAUCUCACUCCCAAUUACUAAAUCCACUCAACAUCUCCCACUUCCAACCUUCACACAAGAAGUCCUCUUCCAUUCCUUUUCCCAAUGCCUCCCAUCAUUUCGCUUCCCCCUUAAUUUAACUCCUCUCUCCCUCUCUCUCUAGAGUAGAGCCAAGAAAGAUGGCCACUACCAUCUCAAAACCCUCCUCAAAGCUCUCAAAAUCCCCUUCCCAAUCCUCCAAUUCCAAGUCCUCCUCUUCCUCGCUUUCUUCUCAUUUGGCUAUGGUGGAGCUCAAGUCUCGGAUCCUUUCCGCCCUCUCCAAGCUCUCCGACCGCGAUACCCACCAGAUCGCCGUCGACGACCUCGAGAAGAUCAUCCGUACCCUCCCCUCCGACGGAGUCCCCAUGCUCCUCAACUCCCUCCUCCACGACCCUUCCCCCCCUCCCGAUCCCAAUUCCCGGCAGACUCCGACCGUCGCCCGCCGCGAGUCACUCCGUCUCCUCGCCCUCCUCUGCUCCUUCCAACCCGCCGCCGCCGCCCACCUCCCCAAGAUCAUUGCUCACCUCGUCCGCCGCCUCAAGGACCCCGCCUCCGAUUCCUCCGUCCGCGACGCCUGCCGCGACGCCGCCGGCUCCCUUGCCUCCAUCUACCUCCGCCCCUCCGCCGCCGCCGCCGCCGCCGACAACCGUGAGGACACCUCCGCCGCUGCCGGCGGCGGUGGGUCCUCUUCUCCCGUCGUUUCCCUCUUUGUGAAGCCCUUGUUCGAGGCAAUGGGGGAGCAGAACAAGGCGGUGCAGGCCGGGGCGGCGAUGUGCCUCGCUAAGGUGGUGGAGUGCGCCGGCGGUGGCGGGGAUGGGGAAGGGGGACGGCCGGCGAUGGCUGGGGCGCGUUUCAGAGGGCUGUGCCCCAGGAUCUGCAAGCUGCUUGGCGGGCAGAGCUUUCUGGCCAAGGGAGCGCUUCUGUUGGUCGUUUCCAGCUUGGCUCAGGUAGGAGCUAUUAGUCCUCAGAAUAUGCAACAAAUGCUGCAAAGUGUUCGUGAAUGCCUUGAGAAUAGUGACUGGGCUACCCGUAAGGCAGCAGCUGAUACAUUGAGUGUGUUGACAUCUUCUUCAAGCCAUUUGAUUGCCGAUGGGGCUACUCCAACAAUAGCUGCUCUUGAGGCUUGCCGUUUUGAUAAGGUGAAACCUGUUAGAGAUAGCAUGAUAGAGGCAUUGUUGUCAUGGAAGAAGAUUACAGGAAAGGGGAAGAAGAUUACAGGAAAGGGAGAAGAUGAAAAUUCAGAAGACUUAAAAAAUGGUAAAAAUUGUGAAUCACCUGAUACUGAAGAAAAGUCAGAGAUUAAAAGGUCAAAUUCCAGUUGUAGAAGAUCAGAAUCCAUAAAAGAUUCAUCUGCUGGUUCUUCACCUACUAAUCCUGUGUCCAAAGGAAAAGGUACUAGCAUACCAGAGAAAGCAGCAGUUUUAUUAAAGAAAAGACCUCCUACUUUAACCGACAAAGAGUUGAAUCCAGAAUUUUUCCAAAAACUUGAAACAAGAAGUUCAGAUGACUUGCCUGUAGAAGUUGUGGUACCUCGUAGCUGUCAUCAGUCUUCCCACUCACAAGGUGAAGAAAAACCAGAAUUGUCUGAUAGUGAUUCUCGGGGCAUACCAAAUCAUGAUGGCUUGACAUGUCGUGAGUCGAACGACACUCAUGGACGCAUCAAUCCUAAUUAUCAGAAUGCCGAGAAAAGAUCAGGGAAAUAUGAUAGGCCACAACACUCUGAUGAUUUUGCUCGGGAUAAGUGGACAGAACAAAGAGGAUCUAGGGCUAAUGACUCAAAAGCAAGGGCUUUUGAUAUUGAGGAUAGGAUUGAAGUCAGUCAGAAGGAUCCCUCUGCCCGUGUGAAUAUCACCAGAGGUGAUGGCCAAACUGAAGGGUCCUUCAUGAACAACAAAGGGAAUUGGUUGGCCAUUCAAAGGCAGUUAUCACAAUUGGAGAGGCAACAAACCAAUCUCGUGAACAUGUUGCAGGAUUUUAUGGGAGGCUCCCAUGACAGCAUGGUAACACUAGAAAACAGAGUUCGGGGUCUUGAGAGGGUUGUUGAGGAGAUGGCACGAGAUUUGGCAAUAUCAUCAGGAAGGAGAGGCGUUAACAUGAUGCUGGGUUUUGAGGCAUCUCCUGAAAGGUAUCUCUCAUCAGAUAGUAUAAUUUCUGGAUAUAGGGGAAGAGAUCCCCCUUGGAGAUCAGAUGCUGAAGCACGGGAUCCUUAUGCAUAUACUGCUCCAAGAAAUGGAGUCAUGAACUCGAGGAGAGGUCCUGGUGCUGCUUCUGUUGAUGUUAGGGUACCUAGAACUGAACAGGAUGGUGAUCAAGUUGGCGCCAGGCGAGCUUGGGAUAAGGGGCAAGGACCAUUUAGGCUUGGUGAGGGUCCUUCUGCAAGAAGUGUUUGGCAAGCGUCAAAGGAUGAGGCUACGUUGGAAGCUAUCCGAGUGGCUGGCGAAGAUAAUGGGACCUCUCGAAUCACAACACGAAUAGCUAUGCCGGAGCUGGAUGCUGAAGCUUUGACAGAUGAUAACCCAGGGCAGGAAAGGGGUCCACUUUGGGCUUCCUGGACCCGUGCUAUGGAUUCGCUUCAUGUUGGUGACAUGGAUUCAGCAUAUGCUGAGGUUCUGUCUACAAGUGAUGAUAUAUUACUCAUAAAGUUGAUGGAUAAAUCUGGUCCAGUUGUCGAUCAACUUUCCAAUGAAAUAGCAAGUGAAGUCUUGCAUGUGGUUGGACAGUUUCUUAUGGAACAAAGCUUGUUUGAUAUAGCUCUGACCUGGCUUCAACAGUUGACUGAUCUGGUCAUAGAAAAUGGAGCAGACGUCCUCAGCAUCCCUGUUGAAGGGAAGAGAGAGAUCUUGUUGAGCCUUCGUGAAGCUUCUGCAGUGGAACCACCGGAGGAUUGGGAAGGGGCUACCCCUGUCCAGAUAAUGAUGCAGUUAGCUUCAUGUUGGGGAAUCAAUUUACAACAGCUUGUCAAGUAGUGUCUUGGAUAAUCUCUCAUGGUUGUGUACUUUGUUUUCUUAUAAUUAUUUGUUUGUCUUGGUUCUUUUGAAGCAUUUAACAUUAUAUGUAAUGAAAUAUAGGAAGAUGGAAGAGCAUGCAUUUAAGCCACAAAAAUCACUUUGGUUUUUUUUUAUUAUUAUUAAACGGUUUCUUUUUCUUACUAUCAAAACAGUCAUUGCAUGUAUGUAUCGAUUUGAUGAAUGUUUCAUCCAGGUGAAUA